GCCAACUUUAAUCGUUCGAGCUGCUUCACUUCCCAGAUCGGGAAGUUAAAGUCCUUGAAUAUGUCUCGUUAUCUUUUUCUUCUUCAGCUUCUCCCCGUUGUGAGUUAUGCUGCCCCGGUUCUGAACGCAACCCACGGCAAGAUUCAAUGGGGACCUUGCGCUGAAGACCUCACGGCACUCGACGAUACUCUGCCUAUUAUGUGCGGUAACCUCUCCGUUCCACUUGACUAUUCGGUAUCAAAUUCCAGUAAAACACUCAAACUCGAGCUGGUUAAGCUUCCGGCCCAAAGCAAGACUUCCAGCGGAAGUAUUCUACUGAAUUUCGGUGGCCCGGGGGAAGCUUCUGACGAAAACUUCGUCGGAUUGGCUCCAAAGCUACAAUUUAUGACUGGCGGACACCACGACCUCAUAACGUUCAAUCCUCGAGGAACAGGCAAAACUCUUACAUUUUCCUGCUAUGAGGACCCAAGUGAUGGCUACGUUGCCGCUGGUCCACUCAAGGCCGGGAAUUCCUCUGAUACAGCACCUGGAGAGAUUUGGGCCAGUGCUAGCGUCUUUGCCGAUGAUUGCCGCGCUGAAGCAGAAGAGAUUGGAAGCCUUAUCGGAACAUCCUUCGUCGCGAGGGAUAUGAUGGAAAUCGUCAAUGCCCUCGGCGAGAACGGGUUAAAAUACUGGGGCUUCUCUUACGGCACCCUACUAGGCGCAACUGUUGCUGCCAUGUUCCCAGACCGGAUGGACAAAAUAGUUUUGGAUGGAGUCGUUAACUGGCACGAAUAUUGGGACUCUUACAACCUGGAAAUGCUUACAGAUGCGGAUAAAACCUUCAGAAGCCUCCUGGAUGGAUGUAUCGCAGUAGGCGAAGACUGUGCCCUCGUUAAAGGACGCCCCAAUGUAACCGCCGUCGAACUGGAAGAAUCCAUUUUCGACUUUCUCGAGGAUUUGAAAUAUUCCCCAAUCGCUCACAACGGACAAAUACUCGAUUAUACCACGGCAAAGUUUUUUCUGUUCAAUACUCUCUACAAACCCAUUCAGUGGCCUGAAAUAACAACAAUCCUCAACGAAAUCAUUAGGGGAGACGUUUCGUAUGUCUUGGACAUACUUAUUCCGAAAUCAAAAUCCUCGACGGUCAGCUCAUUUUCUAGCUCUGAUGCUCUUCAUGGUAUCCAAUUAGGCGACAGUAAAGCACGGACGUCUGAUCUAACCGAUAUUGGUCCCGCGCUCACCCAACUGGCCGAUUUGAGCAAACUGGCCGGCGACCUGCUGUUCUUUAGGACCAUGGCUACCGCGCAGUGGCAGAUGGCCGCAAGUGAGCGCUACAGGGGCGACUACCACGUCAAGACGAAGAACCCAGUCCUUUUCAUCGGGAACACUUUUGAUCCCGUUACGCCGCUUGUUUCGGCGCACAAUGUCAGCUCUGACUUUGAGGGCAGUGUCGUCCUGGAGCACAACGGUCACGGACACACCUCUAUGGGACAGGAGUCACUCUGUACAGUCAAAGCAAUUCAGGCGUACUUCUUGAAUGGCACGCUGCCCAAGCCGGGUUCGGUGUGUGAAGUGGAUAUUCCGCUGUGGUCGAAUCUGACUUGGAUCGAUCUUUUGGAAUAGUGUUUGGGUGGCAGAAAAAGGGUAGCAUUUGUUGCAUUCAAGUGCACACCUUCGUUUAAUGAUGAUUGAUGACUACAGCAAGGUUAGGCUUGCUAAAAUGAAUUGAAAGUAUGGAAUAUAAG